AUGAAUCUGUACGCCAACGCGGGAGGCUACGCGGAUGAGGGCGCGGGCGGCAGCGGCGCGGCGGGCGGUGAGGGGAGCGGUGCGGGGGGGCGCUGGCGGGGUCAUUACCCGCGACCGGUGCUGCUGCCUAUUGCUGAUCGGUCGCCGUCAGAGAACCUGUACGAGAGCGUGGAGGCGGGCGGGGCGGUUGGCGGGGCGGUGGGCGGGGCGGUGGGCGGGGCGGUGGGCUGGGCGGGCGGCGGGGCGUGGCGCUGGGCGCGCGGCUGUCGGCACGCGCGCGCCAGCCAGACGCUGGAGUUCAACGACGGCCGGGCCAGGAUGCUUGCGCAUGCGCACGCGGCUGGUGCGGGCGCGGGCACCGUGCCGCGCGCGUGCGAGGUGCACGUGUGCGGCGUGCGCGUGGCGCUGGCGGGGGCGCCGGGUGGGGCGCCGGGUGGGGCGCCGGUGGGGGCGGGGGCGCCGGGCGGGGCGCGGCGCGCGGCCUCGUGCGGCGCAUUGCACGACCGCGCGCCGCGCGUGCUGCUGCUGCCGCGCGCGCGCCCGCCGCCCGCCCGCGAGGACGCAGACUAG